AUGGAUGUGUGUCUGGAGAAACUGAGAAUCCUGUUGAAACAUCAACAACAACAACACCAGCAUCAACAAAAACAUCAUAGCAACAUCAACAACAACAGCCACAAUAGCAUCAGCAAACUCGAAAAAGCCGACAUCCUAGAACAGACGGUGACCUAUCUAAAUGACCUCAUUACCGAAUCGUCCAAUCAACGAUAUGUGGGCCAGGUCACGUGUUUGAAUGACGUCACCAGCUAUCUACGUCGCCAUGGCAACGAAUUAUGUCGUGAUGUCGCGGACAAGUUGUUGAGGAGGUUUUCGUGGGUUGAUGAACGAGCCUGUGUGGGUUUAUUAUACAACAUCAACAACAACAUCAACAACAACAUCAACAACAACAUCAACAACAACAUCAACAACAACAUCAACAACAACAUCAACAGCAACAACAACAACAACAACAUCAACAACAACAUCAACAACAAAAACAUCGUCAACAUCAACAACAACAUCAACAACAACAUCAACAGCAACAUCAUCUGUAAUAAAAAUACCAACACUCUUGCGAAUCGAAUACCAUUUAAAUAUAAAAAAAUCGUCUUCUUCGUCUUCAUCAUCAUCACAAUCAUCAUCAUCACUAUCGUCACCAUCAUCAUCAUCACCAUUGUCAUCAUCAUCAUCACAACCAUCAUCACAAUCAUCAACACUGGUAUGGCGGCCGUGGUUCGACUGAAACUGAACAACUUCACUUAUGAAGAUUACAUUUUUCUCAUAAAAUAA